AAUAAAAAAGAAAGAUGAUUUGAAAGUUGAAACACUACACAACCCUCCUUCUUCUUACGUGAACUAAGAAUUCAUUCCCCUUUACUUGCCGCACCAUCUCUCCGGCCGUCGCACCGUCCUGCCACGCCAUCUCUCCGACCUCCACCUGAUUAGAACACAACCCAUGUUCGUUCGUGAACCCAAUCCCAAAUCGCUAUGUUGUGUUGUCUCUCAAUCUAAUCAAUGAAGAAGCAUUUACUAAAACCAAUCACAAAACCACCACCACCAUCACCACCACCACAAAUCCUCAACCCACCACCACCACAACCAACCCCAUCUCUCUUCCCUCCAACACUCUCACCCACCCAAAACUACACCCACUUCCUCCAAUACCUCAACACUCAUCUCACCCCACCACUCACUCCACAAACCCUCACUCAUUUCCUCAAAUCAAAGCUCCACCAUCACCCAUCAUUCACCCACUACGAUUUCCAUCUCUUCACUUGGGCUUCAACUCUUGACACUUUCUCUCACAAUCACACUUCCUAUCAAUGGAUGACACGUACUCUCGCUCUCUCUCAUCGUUUCUCUCUUCUCCGUACCCUCCUCACUUUCAUUUCCUCAAACCCUUGUAAUUGCUCCCAAGCCAUUUUCUCUUGCCCUGAAACCGAACCCAUUUUCAGGUUUGCUAUUCAAUCUUACUGUAAAGCUUCAAAAUUUGAUGAUGCCCUUUUUGCAUUUAACUCUAUGCGGAGGUUAAUCGAUGGAAAACCGAGUGUUUCAUUGUGUAAUAUUUUGAUUCAUGGGUUUGUUAAAUCUGGUAGGUUUGAUAGAGCUUAUGAAUUUUAUAAUCAGAUGGUUAAGGAUAGGAUUAAGCCUGAUGUUUUUACUUUUAAUAUUUUGAUUAGUGGUUAUUGUAGGAAUUUUAAGUUUGCUUUUGCAUUGGAGAUGUUUGAGGAAAUGCACAAAAUGGGGUGUCAUCCAAAUGUUGUUACUUUUAAUACUUUGAUUAGAGGGUUGUUUAGGGAGCGUAGGAUUGAUGAAGGGAUUGGGAUGGUUUAUGAGAUGACUGAAUUGGGGUGUCAACUUUCUGAUGUCACUUGUGAGAUUUUGGUAGAUGGGCUUUGUAAGGAAGGUCGGGUUUUUCAGGCGUGCGAUUUGUUGAUGGAGUUAUCUAAUAGAGGGGUUUUGCCUAAAGGGUAUGAUUAUUUUGUUUUGGUAGAAAUUUUGUGCGGGAAAGGAGAUGCUUUUAAAGCUUUGGAAGUUAUUUAUGAGCUAUGGAGCAAAGGUUGUGUUCCUAGCUUGAUUUCUUGUAUUGUGAUGAUUGAUGGUUUGAGAGGAGUGGGGAAGAUUGAAGAGGUGAUGAGAUUUGUGGAAAAAAUGGUUAAAGAGGAGGGUAUGGUACUUGAUGUUGUCACUUUCAAUUCUGUUCUUCAAGAUGUUUGCGAUGCGAGAAGGACAGAUGAGGCGAAUAGGUUGAGAUUACUUGCUUCGAGCAAGGGUUUGGAACCUGAUGGCAUGACUUAUAAGAUUCUGGUUUCCGGGUAUAGAGGAGAGGGAAAUCAAACGGAAGGUGAGUUAGUGGUAAAUGAAAUGUUGGAUAGGGGGUUUAUACCUGAUCUUGCUUCAUAUAAUAAGUUGAUGGAUGGACUGUCUAAUUGUCAAAGCUCUAGGCGUUAUCAAGUGAACAAAUUUGGCAGCUGAAAAAAAAUACAAACAAUAUAAGAUUUAACUUGAUUGUCAUUUAUGGUUCUUGUUUGUGCUAAGAUGAUUAUGGAAUAAUUGAGAAGUGAGCCUAUGAAAAAUUCAGAUGAUCAUCACAAGUUGUUUUGCACAACAUGAAGAUAGCUUGCAAGUCCACUUUGAAGUGUUCCAAUUCCCUUACCACAUGACCACAUCCCCUUGAUAAAGACCAGUGGAGUUAUCAGUUGAGGCAUGCAUAACCAGUCGUUUUGUGUCCAUCAUUUGCAAAAGGAAUGCUGAAGUUGAAGUAUUUGAUGAGUAUUCCGAUAUUGAAGGACCUUAUUGUGGUCGAAGGGCCGUAAGCUCAUUUCUUAUUGCGUGUGUAUUAUCGCUGAUAGUGCAGCCGCCACACAGUUUUCUUUGAAUGUACUAGAUGUGUCCAUGGUAGAAUGGAGUUGAGUGAGUGCUUCAAUCUCCUUAACGGGAUUCCUACAAUCACAAAUAUAGCAAAGAUGCUCAUUAAAAAGUUAGGCUCCAUGGAUCUAUGUAUGCUAUUUGAUGAUCAACCCCACACGAAGACUAAGGAGCUUCAUGAGUUAGGAGUGGAAGGGACAUUGGGUAGAGGGAAUACUAGGAAGGUAAAGGCACAAUUGAAGCAAUAGGUUGUUAGCAUUCUUAGCCUUGAGUCCUAUGACAAAAUUGAUCUACAUUAUACUAAUCUUUUGGUCAUAGAAUUGGCUUAAGACUUUCUUUUAAUUUUGGGAUGUAAUAAUUAUACUUUUUUUAUUAAGAAAUUAGGUUUUGUGUGCCUAAGCAUUUGGUAGCAUAUGUUGUAGCUUAGGCACCACUAUUAUUUUAAGUUGAGUGUAGCUUAAGUAUCAUGUCCUUCUGGUAAACUAUAUUUGUAUUUUCUUUGAAUGACAUUUGGGCUAACUUGGAAGGUUAAG